AUGGACUUCGGGCAGCCCUUCAACGCAGAACAAACCGUCGCGUACCUCAGGACCCUACCAGCAAUACGCGAACGCUGCGGCCGCGUACAUGCCUUAGCAAGGCAGGGAAAACUCGAGUUUUUUGAGUACCACCCGGAGAAGGAGCAGGACGUCGCAGCGUUCUGUAUCAGUAUCAUCAAUCGAGACUUUGGCUCCAAUUAUGCCUCGAUCCCCCCGCACGGUCGCUGGAGGCACCUCGAUGCAGGGCGUCCGCGCGUGGAGCUUCUCAUAGCCAAGUGGCAGCACUCGCCAAACCCCCCCGACGCGAAAGAGACCUGCAGGCGCCUCAUCGAUCUCUUUCUCGUCUCCGUGCUGCUCGACGCGGGCGCUGGCAACACCUGGACGUACCGCGAGGAUGACUCAGGUCAGACAUUCAUGCGUUCCGAGGGGCUCGGCGUCGCGAGCAUCAACAUGUUCGAGAGGGGGCUUUUCUCCGUAAGGGCCGAGAACCCGUACCAAGUCGAUGCCGACGGACUAUCGCGGGUGACGGCCGCUCAGAUGACGGAAGCCAUGCAGGUGAACGACGCGAACCCGAUGGUGGGUAUCGACGGCCGGACCGCGCUACUUGCGAACCUGAGCACGGCCCUCAAGGAGAACCAAACGUACUUCGGCUCUGAGGCGCGGCCGGGAAACCUAAUUGACUUCCUCGAGUCUGAGUCGAAAGUGGACGGGUCGACGCGGAGGGUGCACAUCUUCUCGCUGUGGGGCGCGCUCAUCGAAGGCCUUGCACCUAUCUGGCCUACAACGCGCACGACGUUCGGUGGUAUCUCGCUCGGCGACUGCUGGCCAUGCCACGCACUCACGGCGGACGCGAAGGCGGAGGGUGACAACCUCGUUCCCUUCCACAAGCUCACCGGCUGGAUCACGUAUAGCCUCAUCGAGCCCAUGGAGAAGGUGUUGCAUUGGCAGUUCGAGGGCAUUGAGAACAUGACCGGCCUCCCUGAGUACCGCAACGGCGGGUUACUCGUAGACCUGGGUGUCCUCACUCUCCGCCCAGGAGCGAUCCCACAGUCCUUCUACCCGGACUCAACAUCGGCCAUCCCGAAGCUCCCACCCUCACAUGCGGCCAUCGUAGAAUGGCGUGCAAUGACCGUCAUAGAGCUCGACCGCAUCGCCGACGCCAUCCGUGCGAAGCUCGGACUGAAGCCCGCCCAGCUCACUCUCGCACAGGUGCUCGAGAGCGCGACGUGGAAAGGUGGGCGGGAGAUUGCGAGGCAGAAACGUCCAGCGACAGGGGGUCCACCCAUUGACAUUGAGAGCGAUGGGACUGUCUUCUGA